ACGCUAGAUGCCUUAUGGCGGAGUCUUAAACGGCAUCACAGGUCGGCCAUCUUACCACAGGUUCGCUUCCUGGCAGAAUCUGUCGAACCUGAGGUAAACCAAGGAAAUUUGUUUUUCAAAGAGAACAUGCCGGACUUUUGUGCAGCUUAUGGCUGCGCUAAUCAUCGUAGUCUUGACACAAGAAAACGAGGGAUCACCUUUCACCAAUUUCCCAAAAACGGAGAAAGGAGGAGGCAGUGGGAAAUUGCUCUGAGGAGAAAUGAUUUUGUAGCCUCUGACAGGGCUCUGCUCUGCAGUGAGCAUUUCAGGAGAGAGGACAUGGACAGGACGGGGCAGACUGUGCGGCUCAAAGACGGUGUUGUCCCAACUUUAUUCAACUUUCCAGCCCAUCUUCAAAGAUCGGAAGCAACUAGAAGCACAGCCACUUCUAGAAGAGCAGAAGACAACCUGCUGAAUCCAAUGGACCUGAUGAAUGAUGAUGGAGCAUCUGAAGAGAGAUUGAGGCUCAAGGGGCAGCGCAAGCGGCAGGCCACUGACCACUUGUACGCGUUGCCUGCUUCCCCUAAGGCUCUAAAGGCCAAACUUGAAGAAGCCUCAGCGAGAGUUAGGAAACUGGAGCGGGAGAAGAGCAAUGCCUUGAGGAGAGAAAAGAGGGCAAAGAACAACAUGCAGGCUCUCCUGGAGGAACUGAAGGAUAAAAAUCUCAUCAACGAAGAGCUGAAAGACAAGCUUGGAUGCUACUCAGAUCUUCCAGUUCAUCUCCUGUCGAGGCACAGAGAGAUUUUGCCCUUACCCUUCAUUUGCAUGGUCCAAAGGCUUACCACUACCUGA